AAGAAGAGAGAGAAAGUAGAAGGGAGGGUCGAUCGAUCAGAAAAGAGAGAGAGAGAGAGACAGGGAGAGAAAAGGGAGGGAGGAAACCGAUCGAUCCGUCUGCUUUCCCAAAAAGAAGAAGAGGAAGGGGAAUAAUAAGGAGAAGAGAAAGGUGGAGGAGGUGGUGGUGGAGGAGAGAGAAGAAAGCGAGGAGCAACAAGCAGGAGGAGGAGGGGAGGAAGAAUGUCUGAGGAUGAGAAGCUUCUUAAGGAAGCGAAGAAGUUGCCGUGGGAGGAGCGUCUCUCCCACAAGAAUUGGAAGGUCCGGAACGAUGCCAACAUCGAUCUCUCUGCCCUCUGUGACUCCAUCACGGACCCUAAAGACCCACGACUCAGAGAGUUUGGUCCGUUGUUUAGGAAGACCGUCGCCGAUUCUAAUGCCCCCGUACAGGAGAAAGCGUUAGAUGCUUUGAUUGCAUUUCUCCGUGCUGCCGAUGCUGAUGCUGGAAGAUACGCGAAGGAGGUGUGUGAUGCAAUUGUUGCAAAAUGCCUCACAGGCCGUCCAAAGACGGUGGAGAAAUCACAGGUGGCGUUUCUCCUCUGGGUGGAACUGGAGGCUGCUGAAGUGUUCCUGGAUGCUAUGGAGAAAGCAAUCAAGAACAAAGUUGCCAAAGCUGUUGUGCCAGCUAUUGAUGUCAUGUUUCAAGCUUUGAGUGAAUUUGGAGGUAAGGUUGUUCCCCCGAAAAGAAUACUCAAAAUGCUCCCAGAGCUUUUUGAUCACCAAGAUCAGAAUGUUCGUGCGUCGUCAAAGGGACUGACACUUGAACUUUGUCGUUGGAUUGGGAAAGAUGCAGUGAAGUCAAUAUUGUUCGAGAAAAUGAGAGAUACUAUGAGGAAAGAGCUUGAAGCAGAGCUUGCCAGUGUUUCUGGAACAGCAAAACCAACCCGCAAAAUUCGUUCUGAGCAAGAUAAAGAGCCAGAGCAAGAUGUGGUUGCCGUGGCGUCAGGCCCUCAUCAAUCAGAAGAUUCUGUGGUUGAUGGUCCCCAGGAGAUAGAUGAAUACGAUCUUGUCGAUCCCGUUGACAUACUUGCACCACUAGAGAAGUCUGGCUUUUGGGAAGGAGUGAAAGCUGCCAAGUGGUCCGAAAGAAGGGAUGCAGUUGCUGAGCUAACCAAACUUGCAUCAAGCAAAAAGAUUGCUCCUGGUGAUUUUGCUGAAGUCUCUAGAACUCUGAAAAAGCUUAUUACUGAUGUCAAUAUUGCAGUUGCUGCCGAAGCAAUCCAAGCAAUUGGAAAUCUGGCGAAGGGCUUAAGGAACCAUUUUUCUGGAAACUCACGAUUUCUGUUACCGGUGCUUCUUGAAAAACUAAAAGAGAAGAAGCCAGUUCUAACAGAGUCACUUACCCAGACUCUUCAAGCAAUGCAUAAAUCUGGGUGUCUGACUCUUACUGAUGUUCUUGAAGAUGUUAAAGUAGCUGUCAAAAACAAGGUUCCACUUGUUCGUUCUUUGACAUUGAACUGGGUUACAUUUUGUAUUGAAACAAGUAACCGACAAACAGUUCUUAAGGUGCAAAAAGAUUAUGUCCCUGUUUGUAUUGAGUGCUUAAAUGAUGGUACCCCUGAAGUCAGAGAUGCAUCAUUUGCAGCUUUAGCUGCAAUUGCAAAGUCGGUUGGUAUGAAACCAUUGGAACGGUCUUUGGAGAAGCUUGAUGAAAUUAGGAAAAAGAAGCUCUCCGAAAUGAUUGGAAAUGCUGGUGAGGGUGAGCUUGCUGUAUCUGGAACAGCUUCCACAUCAUCUGUGAAUUUUGUGCGUUCUUCAGUUUCAGAGGGCACACAAAACUCUUAUGUUAAAAAAUCUGCUGCUAGCAUGCUUAGUGGGAAGAAAGCAGUGCAGCCAACUGCUACUGUUAAAAAGGUUGGCACUUCUAAAAGUGGUUCUAGUAAGAAGGAUAGUUCUGUACAUCCCAGGUCUUCGGUGCUUGUUGAAGUUGAGGAUGUCGAGCCAGCAGAAAUGAGCCUUGAAGAAAUUGAGGGUAGAUUAGAAAGUGUUUUGAAAUCUGAGACAAUCUCGCAAUUGAAGAGUAGCGUUUGGAAGGAAAGACUCGAAGCAAUGGGUCUGUUAAAACAAGAAAUAGAUGGUAUCACAGACCUCGAUAAAAUGGCCGAACUUUUGGUUCGAUUGCUUUGUGCAGUUCCAGGGUGGGGUGAGAAAAAUGUACAGGUUCAACAGCAGGUUAUUGAAGUGCUCACUCAUAUAGCUUCCACAGUGUCAAAGUUUCCAAAAAGAUGUGUUGUUCUUUGUAUUCUUGGUAUAAGCGAAAGGGUUGCUGAUAUCAAAACCCGUGCCCAUGCUAUGAAGUGCCUUACUGCUUUUUCAGAGGCCAUAGGUCCAGGAUUUGUUUUUGAUAGGCUAUACAAAAUCAUGAAGGAGCACAAGAACCCCAAGGUUCUAAGUGAAGGUAUUUCAUGGAUGGUCACUGCAAUUGAAGAUUUUGGUAUUUCCCAUUUAAAAUUGAAGGAUUUGAUAGAAUUUUGCAAAGAUACGGGAUUGCAGUCAAGUGCUGCAGCAACCAGAAAUGCUACUAUUAAGCUGAUAGGGAUGUUGCAUAAAUUUGUUGGACCUGACAUCAAGGGCUUUCUGUCUGACGUGAAGCCUGCACUUCUUAGUGCUCUGGAUGCCGAGUAUGAAAAAAAUCCUUUUGAGGGUGCAGCUGCUGCGCCUAAGAAAACUGUGAAGUCCUCUGAUCCAAGUUCAGCAACAUCUACUUCUGGGUUUGAUGGCCUACCUCGAGAAGACAUCAGUUCAAAGAUUACACCUAACCUGUUGAAGAAUUUGGGUAGCCCAGACUGGAAGGUGCGCUUGGAGUCAAUUGAGUCGGUCAACAAGAUUGUAGAAGAGGCCAAUAAGCGCAUACAGUCUACUGGAACUGGUGAGCUGUUUGGAGCUCUCAGAGGUCGGCUUUAUGAUAGUAAUAAGAAUUUGGUCAUUGCAACACUUGCUGCCAUUGGUAACAUUGCAUCUGCUAUGGGUCCUGAAGUCGAAAAAUCAAGCAAGAAAUUAUUGGCGGAUGUUCUUAAAUGCCUUGGUGACAACAAAAAGCUAAUGAGAGAAUGCACCUUGAAGGCAUUGGAUUGCUGGGUGAUGGCAGUUCAUCUUGAUAAGAUGGUUCCUUACCUGUCAGCGGCAUUGGUAGAUUCUAAGCUUGGUGCCGAGGGCCGAAAGGACCUCUUUGACUGGCUAAGCAAGCAACUGUUGGGGGUCAAUGAUUCAACUGAAAUACUGCAGCUUCUGAAGCCAACUGCUACUGCUUUGACAGAUAAAUCAGCAGAGGUGCGAAAAUCAGCCGAAUCUUCUUUGGGUGAAAUCAUCAGAAUCUGUGGCAAUGAAGUAGUAUCCAAGGGAGUGAAAGAUCUGCAUGGUCCUGCUUUAGCCCUUGUUCUUGAACGUACUAAACCUGCUGGUGCACUUCAAGAGGCCUUUGAUUCAUCAAAAGUGGUCUCUUCUGGAACUACAGCAAGGGCAGGGUCAAAAGUUGGGAAAACAGCUCUAAAUGGACCAUCAAAGCAUGGCAGUAAAACCAUCGGUUUGAAGGGUACUCAGACAAAGAUAUCCAGGCCUGAUGCUGCAGAGAUUGCUCAAGAUCUUGCUGUGCAAGGCCAGGCUUUGUUCAACACCAAAGACUCAAACAAGGAGGAUCGAGAGAGGAUUGUUGUACGUAGACUCAAGUUUGAAGAGUUACGACUGGAGCAGAUACAGGAUUUAGAAAUUGAGAUGAUGAAGUAUUUUAGAGAUGAUUUGCACCGAAGAUUGCUAAGCACAGAUUUCAAGAAGCAAGUUGAUGGUCUGGAGAUGUUGCAAAGGGCCCUCCCAUCUAUUGGGAAAGAAAUAUUGGAAAUGGUGGAUAUCCUUCUGAAGUGGAUUGUUCUAAGGUUUUGUGAAUCAAAUACAACAUGUCUGCUAAAGGUGCUGGAGUUCCUUCCAGAGUUUAUUGAUGCCUUGAAGACUGAUGGUUAUACUUUGACUGAAGCAGAAGCUUCUAUAUUUCUUCCUUGCUUAAUAGAAAAGUCGGGACACAACAUUGAAAAGAUGCGGGAAAAAUUACGUGAUCUAAUGAAGCAAAUUGUAUGCAUAUAUCCAGCCUCCAAGCUCUUCCAAUAUGUUUUAGAGGGACUUCGUUCUAAAAAUAACCGAACUAGAAUUGAAUGCGUAGAUCUUAUUGGGUACAUGAUUGACUACCAUGGUGAAGAGGUAAAGAUAAGUGGACAAUUUAAACAUUUACACCUUGUCGCCAGUCUGACAUCUGAGCGUGAUGGUGAAAUUCGGAAAGCAGCACUUAAUACGAUGGCAACUGCAUACAAAAUUCUUGGUGAUGGUGUUUGGAGGUAUGUUGGGAAGCUGUCAGAUGCUCAGAAAAGUAUGCUGGAUGAUAGAUUUAAGUGGAAGGCACGUGAAAUGGACAAGAGAAGAGAAGGAAAACCUGGUGAAGCUCGGGCAGCAUUGCGUCGCUCUGUCAGAGAUAAUGGGCUUGAGGUAGCAGAGCAAAGUGGAGAAGUAUUGUCAAGAUCGACAACUGCUCCUGUCUUAACUGGGUAUCAUGGGACUUCCUUUUGUGAUAGAGCUGUCAACGGGCAUUUUGAGAUUCAUGCCGAUAGACAUGCCUUGCCCCGGCCAUUAGCUGCUGCAAAUAGUCCAUCUGACUGGAAUGAAGCUCUUGAAAUCAUUAUGUUGGGUUCCCCUGAACAGUCAGUUGAAGGCAUGAAAGUUGUAUGCCAUGAGCUGGCACUUGCAACAAAUGAUCCAGAAAAUAGUUCUCUUGAUGAUAUUGUGAAGGAUGCAGAUAGACUUGUUUCUUGUCUUGCUGCUAAGGUACCAAAGGCAUUUGACUUUAGUCUUGCUGGAGCCUCUUCAAGGUCGUGUAAAUAUGUACUGAAUACACUUAUGCAGACGUUUCAAAUUAAAAGACUUGCUCAUGCUGUUAAGGAGAGUACCCUUAACAGUCUCAUCAUGGAGCUGCUUUUAUGGCUUCUGGAUGAACGAGUUCCCUUGAUGGAUGAUGGAAGUCAACUUCUAAAAGCCCUUAAUGUUUUGAUGCUUAAAAUUCUGGACAAUGCUGAACGUACAUCAUCAUUUGUUGUGCUAAUUAACCUCUUGCAGCCGUUAGAUGCCUCAAGUUGGCCAUCACCGGCAUCAAUAGAUACCUUGCCAGCCAGGAACCAGAAGUUUUCGGAGCUUGUCGUUAAAUGUCUCAUCAAAUUAACAAAAGUACUUCCGAGUACAAUAUAUGAUGUUGAUCUUGACCGGAUUCUGCAAAGUAUACAUGUAUACCUGCAAGAGUUGGGAAUGGAAGAAAUACGCAAAAGGGCUGGUGCCGAUGACAAACCACUGCGCAUGGUUAAGACAGUGUUGCACGAAUUAGUUAAACUUCGUGGAACUGCAAUUAAGGGUCACUUGUCUAUGGUUCCUAUAGACAUGGAACCACAGCCAAUAAUCCUUGCGUAUAUUGAUCUGAACCUGCAGACUCUUGCAGCAGCUAGAAUGUUGACACCAUCAGGUCCUGUUGGUCAGACUCACUGGGGUGAUUCUGCUUCCAACAGUCCCUCCACAACAACUCAUUCAGCUGAUGCACAACUAAAGCAAGAACUAGCUGCUGUUUUCAAGAAAAUUGCAGACAAACAGACUUGCACCAUUGGCCUGUUUGAACUUUAUCGUAUAACACAAUUGUAUCCUAAGAUCGAUAUAUUUGCUCAGCUCCAGAAUGCAAGUGAAGCUUUUCGGACAUAUAUUAGAGAUGGUCUAGCACAGAUGGAGAGUAAUGCAGCAGCUGGACGAACUCCUUCUAGCCUGCCGAUUUCAACACCACCUCCUGUAUCAUUGAUGCAUUCUUCUCCAAAACUAGCACCGCUUUCUCCAGUUCAUGCGAAAUUGCAGAACAUAAAAACGGAAGUUCCACAAACCAAUCUUCAAGCAUCCCGUGAUUCAAUAGAUUCUGGCAGGGAUAUGGUAAGUUCACCUGGCAAGCAUAGUGAUCACUCUGACUCAAGGGAGCAAUAUGAAGUCAACAACGACAGAUGCAUACCUGCAGCUGUUGCACCUGCUGGUGGAUUAGAUGCCCUUAAAGAAAGAAUGAAAAGCAUACAAGCAGCAGUUGCUGCUGGAGUCAGUGAAGGCGUCUGCCGGCCUCUGAUGCAUCCAAAUGGAUCUGUUACAAAGUCCAUACAAGAGAACCAGCUUGGACAUGGAUUGGAUUCUGAGAGUGCUGAGGUUUCUAUUCCGUCCACCAUUCUUCCAAUGGAUGAGAAGGCCCUUUCAGGGCUGCAAGCUCGAAUGGAGAGGCUUAAAAGUGGAUCUGCUGAUACGCUUUAGGUGUCCCUGGGUUCAUACAUAGUUGUGUGUUUUCAUAAAGAUGGAAGGCAAAUCUCGUUUGAGUUGGCUUGUCCGUAGCCUACUCUUUUGAUGCAUCCAGAUGCAAGCAGGCUGGCAAAGAGGUGAAUAUUUCUGCCCUACUUUCUUGGAUGACCGAAGAUUCGUCAGUUACUGUCCAUGAAUGGCCGUCCGCACCUCCUUUUACAUUUCCAUCUGGGUGUACGCAUCAGGCAUCUCGGUUGAAAUUAAAGCGAAAGUGUGAAUGAUGGGUGAUACAACCAUGUGUUUGUAUGUAAGUACGUCUAUUACGCCAUUGUUUCAUAUGAUUAGUUUUACAUAAUGCAAUGUGUCUAUAUGUUUGGCAGCAA